CUCGCGUCUUCCUCUAGUCUGUGGGUCUGAAACGUUUACUAUUUGAACAGUAUAUGGAAAGAAUCAACACCAUUCUCCCACGAUCCACACAGACACAGCGAGGCAGAAGACAAACUGCCAUGUCGGAUUCGUGGUCGAUCUUAACAGCCACCGCACCGCACCGUUGACAUCAUCCUAUCCUACUAUCGACCUGUCGAGAAUCGAUCUUUGGGGUCGAUCGCGCGCUGUGUCUAUAUAGGUAUAGGUAGGGCUUAGUCGACUAUCCUUAUCUUAUUUCUACGAUAUACCUAUCUAUAUCUUCUAUCUCUCUCCUCUCUUUGAAACAGUGACAAACCACUCGAAGUAAACAAGAAGAAAUCAAGAAAAGAAAAUGACUACAAAGGCCUACAUCCUCGUCUACGAAGGCACCCCCCUCGACUACACCGAAUACCGCCACACAGCCCUGCACUUCGUCUUCGCGCAGGGCUCCUCCCGCACGAUGCAUGUCGUCGGCACCCAAGGCCUCUUCGAGUUCGAAGAAGGCGUCGACCAGGACCCCAGCGAAGGCGGCGAACUCGUCCGCAUGAUCCCCGUCGCCGACAUUCCUCGCUCUGUCGCUGGCCCCGCCAUCAAGAAGGCUGUCUCCGCCACGCCGGUCAAGAACGGUCGCGCGGACCUCGAGUGGAAUUGUCAGAAUUGGGUCGGCGAUGCGCUGGCGCAGAUGGUUGAGGGGGGCUUUGUGACGGCUGCCGAGAGGGCGGCUGCUAUUGAUUCGAUGGUGGAUGCUUGUUUGGAGGCGAAGGAUGAUUGAUCUUUCUUUCUUGUUUUUUUUUUUUUUUUUUUUUUUU